UCAUAUCCUCUGUUCGGUCGAGCUGCUUGUUGCGUUCACGGCAUAGGCGCGUGAGCGUGGUGGGAAAUGCGAGCAAGAUGGCGGCGUUAAAGGAGGAGCAGUGCUACGGACUGUCCUGUGGAAGAGUGAGCAAUGGCAGCAACAUCUCCGUCUAUCACGUCAAGCUGACUGACAGUGCGCUGCGAGCGUUUGAAGAUUACCAGAGCAACAAGGGACUGAUUGCUAAACCACUAAUAGGAUUCACUGGAAACCAAGGGAAAAUCUCAAUACCGCAGUCAGAGAAUCCAAAUGAGCUGCGAACGUUUACGUUCUACCUGUCCCAUGUGGGAAAGGACAAUCCCCAGGGCAGCUUCGACUGCAUUCAGCAGUAUAUUACAAGUGAAGGGAGCAUACAGCUGGACUGCCUGGGAGGAAUCCAAGACAAAAUCACUGUAUGCGCCACGGAUGACUCCUACCAGAAAGCCAGGCAAAGCAUGGCUCAGGCCGAGGAGGAAACCCGCAGCCGUGGAGCCAUCGUCAUCAAGCCUGGUGGGAGAUAUGUGGGUAAGCGUGUACAAAUCCGGAAGCCGAUAACUGGUGUGUCAGAUGCGUCACGACGGCCCACACGGCCGGUCAUCAUCUCCAGCAGUCAGAAGAAGAGCCCGCCGCGACCACUGAGGGAACGACUGGUGCAUUUACUGGCCCUAAAACCCUACCGCAAACCCGAACUACUGGUGCGGCUCACGAAGGACGGCCUGUCUCCUCAGGACAAGGAGACGCUGGACAGCCUCCUGCAACAGGUGGCUAACCUGAAUAGUAAGGACAACACCUUCACAUUGAAGGAUUGUUUGUUUAAGGAAGUUCAGAAGGACUGGCCUGGUUAUACUGAGGUGGACCAGCAGAUUCUGAAGAGAAUUCUUGUACGAAAACUGUGUAAGGCUCAGAGCAGUGUCCCUGUGCCUGUGGAGAGUCCGGUCAGCCCGCACAAAGAGCCAGCCAGCAGCUCGCCCUCUCAGAAACGACCUGCAGCAGAGUUCAUCGAUCCCCUGGCCAAUAAAAAACCCAGAAUAUCACUUCUAGCCAGUAAGUCUGCAGGGCUCGUCAAUGGCAAACUGAGCUCAUCCAAUGGGAAGGACUCAUCUAGUUCUCAGUCAGCAGAGACGUCGUCAAGCUCCCUCUUCCCUCCGUUGGAGAUCCCCCGACCCUUCGACCCCCUUUCGGACGUCAGCAACGACUCCAAUGGCCGAGACUGUGAAAGUCAGGAGGCAGCGGUGGCAGAGAGACUGAGUCAGCCCCCUUUGUUUGCCCCUCACUCCACAACGCAAGAGGUAGGCCUGGGCACAACAUCCCUGGCCCACAGCAGCCUGGACGGGUCUCUGACCCAGAGCGCUCAACCCUCCCUGCAUGGCAAGUCAAAGAAGAAGUCCAAAAAACACAAGGACAAAGACAAGUCCAAGGAGAAAGACAGGGAUCGAGAACGUGACUUGAAGAAGGAGAGGAGAGUUGAAGACCGUGGUUUGGAUGAGAAGAAACUGUGUGACGUCACAACGAGCGAUAGGAGCCCAGGUCUGAACGGAACGUGCCACAGCUCCAGUAUUCCUGCGUCUUCAUCAGAGAUGGCAGACUAUUUAUUAAAGUACACUGUCAUAAGCUCACAAGAGCAGCGUCAGAGUUACAAAAACGACUUCAACGCAGAGUACAGCGAGUACCGGGGCCUACACGCACGGAUAGAGAGCAUCACCCGACAGUUCACUAUACUCGACUCCGAGCUCAAACAACUCCAGCAAGGCACAGACAAGUAUAAGACAAUCCACAAUCAGAUACUUGGAGAGUAUCGCAAAAUCAAAAAGACUAAUCCAAACUAUAGCCAAGAGAAGAACCGCUGUGAAUACCUACACAACAAACUGGCACAUAUAAAAAAACUGAUAGCAGAAUAUGAUCACCAGCAACUGCAAAACUGGCACUAAUAACAAGAUUGUUUUCUGCUUAAUCUUUCUGUCUCUAUUGAGAGAGAGAGAGAGAGACAAUCUCUGGCAAGUUGUUCUAAUGUAAAAUGCCAUGAAACAAGCACGGUCAAGUGCUCUAGUAAGAAUAAGGCAUACCCAUGAUUUUCAUUAUUUUUAUGGAACUAGGGACAUGGGUGUACUCAGCCAUACUCGCCUAAUGCAUUAUGGGAUUGGUUGCCAGCUCCCUUCUCAAAGGUCUCUGAGUGUGAAAGGAAAAACUGUUCUUUGGAGAUCUUUCUGCACAGGGAUAACCAACACCCAUUCCCAGAAUGAGUUUAAGGUUUAGAAAAAAGUUUAAUGUAUUUUCCUUUUUUUCUGUAUGUACUCAAAUGGAAGGUCCCAAUGCUAAACUAUAUUUUCUUUUCUAUUUAUUUUCGUCUUCCAUAGAGAUCAUUAGUCCGGUUAUGAUUUCACACUCCUCCGAUCGAGUGCUAAAGCUCUCGUCCCGUCCCUUUUGGUCGGUCUUUCUUUAAUCAGUCAGUAUUUAAUGCAAAAGCGGUCUUGGAUUUCAAGAGAUCCCUAUUGCAGUACGACACCCUCCUCCCCCCCCCCCUCCCCAAGUGCUGUAGUGUCUGAAAUGGCACUAUUUGGCUCAUUUUGUGCAAUGCGCUAGACCAGGAAGGAGAUAACCACCGUCUUGUUUAGAGGCUUUGACAGCAUCAGUAUUAAUACGGUAGAGCUCCAUACAGAUGAACUUGCCAUUCCAGAGGUGAGGGAGCACUUCGGCACUGGCACAUUUUUACAAUAUUUCAUGCUUUUAACUUAAAAAUAUUACUUUAUCACAACCUAAAUCAUGAAUCAGGUGUGGUUGUACAAAAACGCGACAAAUCUUGUAAAAUUGUGCCUCAAAUGAGCUGUUAGUCGUCCCUCAGGUAUCUACAGUAAUCCAGUAUUGCUAGUUAUGAGUGUGACGGUAACAUUUGUGGCCAAACUUUUGUGGUAUUCUUCCAGAAAAGUGAUUGUAUCCUUUUAACGAAGCCUUGAGGUAUUUCCAAGGGGCUGGUUGGUGAAGACGAUGCAACAAAAAUGGUAGAAAUGCCACCUUGGCUCACUGUCUGAACCCUUUAGCAAUUCAAUGCUUGCUUGAAUACUGAGUAUUUGUAAGGGUUUGGCCAUAUCUGACAGUAUUUUCGUUAGGAGAUGACUGUUGAAUUCCAUUAAGAAUUCAUCUCCUUGUGGAGGAUCCUUUACAAACCUCCGACGUGCUCCUCGCGUUAACUUGGCGUCUGCCUUCAUUGGACGCUCAACUACGAGUUGCUCAUCUGUCUGGUCCUGUUGAAGCAUCAGUUGUACUUCUGAUAUCUGAACUCUUAUGUUUAAUAUUAAAAUUCAGCACUUUGCUCAACCUCUUGUUACUCUUACCUGGGUUCUGUUGCAAGGAGACACUUGCCUUGUCUGUCUGUGUAUGCAUGCUUUUCUGACUGUUGAAAACACAAAAAAGGGUAAAGGCCAGUGUUUACAGUGGCUUUACACUGCUGUUUAAUGCUCAGAAGCUAAAUAUUUAUCAAAUUGCCCUGUAUUUACCUGGCUAGAAUUGGUUCAGUGUUGCAAUUUUAGGAGCGGAAUUGCAAGUAUUUAAAUAAAGUGAAUUUGAUUCGUGAAUCAACUGAGAAUAAUACAUUUACCAGGUAAACCACAGACCUUUAGCUCAAGGUUUUUUUUUUUUUUUUUUUUUUCCAAGACACAAUUUGCUUUAUGGUCUUUUGCGUCUCCUGAAGAAAGAGUCUGAAAAUGAUGCACAAAUCCAACGGCGAAUAUAAAUAACAUUUGGUUAGAUUUUGAAACUGCUAUGAUACUUUGAAACAUGAGACACGUCUGGAGGAAAUGUGCCAAAUGACCUGUUGCAUAGGUUUGCAUCAAAUGAAAUAUGUUGCUGUUUUAGCAAAGAAGAAUAAAGGGAUCGGGAGGAGCUUUGGGAGGAAGGCUCGAGAUGUCCGUGCUAAAACCCAAAGCGUGCUUUUUGAAGAAUCAAGGGACUGGGACUGAAAUUGAUCUUGGUAUUUCAAUAAAACUCUUGGAAAACUUGUUUUAUUCCAA